GGGUGAUCAAUGAUAUCGAUAAGGUCCAUAUAAGCAACAGAACUUCUGCCAAUCUCUUACGACCAACAUGAAUCCUACCAACUACCAUAUGCCUAUAUCCGCCAUGGGGAACCCAGCCGCCGUGUCCCCAGCGGUCCACAACCCUAAUACUAUCUCCGUGAAAGGCUUCAAGAUCACUACGCAGAAGCGGCCCAUAUUAAAAGCUGACGCGAUUGAAGACAUGACAAAGAAAUUAGGAAUUGCGCCCCCAGAAAUGAUCUUCGGCGACAAUAUUGUCACCGUUAAACAUGAAAAUAGCAAUUGGACAAUCACUUUCAAUGCGUUUGAUGCCUUGGAUCGCGUGGACAAAACGGGCGCAUCGAUGCUCAAAGUCGCUUACUCGAAGGAGUGGCAGAGAAGCAGAGAAAAAACGCAUGAAGGUAUUAAAGAUGUUGUCAAGCCAUUUGAUUGGUCCUACACCACGGACUAUACAGGCACAGUUCAGUCCAACAGUCGGUCAUUUGAGCCUACCACAAAACCCAUUCCCUUAGAAUUGCUAAAACGCCCGGAUCCUAUACUCUUUUUCGAUGAGGUCAUAUUAUACGAAGAUGAACUUGCUGAUAAUGGCAUCACUAUGCUAUCCUGUAAAAUUCGCGUUAUGCCAGCCAGACUGCUGUUGCUAUCGAGAUUCUUCCUGCGUCUUGAUAAUGUCCUAUUCCGACUUCGUGACACGAGGGUUUAUGUCGACUUCGAGAAUUUGGAGGUCAUCAGAGAGUUCCAGUCCAAAGAAUUGGAAUAUGAGGCCGUUCGACAGAUUCUAGCAACUACGAGAGAUGAUGUACCUGCCGUUAUGCGAGAUCCAAAUAGGCUUUCGGAGAUUCUUCCACUUCACGAAAAGCGUCUAGAGAGAAUCGUUCUUGGAGAUUAGGAAGGGCAAUCAUAUCAUAGCAGUAUUUACCUGUGAUCGACCUUACUGCUACACGUCACAUGGGCUGGAAAAGAUGUAACAAGGGGCAAAAGAGACAAGUCCGGUUUCCCUUCACGCCAAAUAAGAAAAGAAAAAGAGAGGGGAUAUCGGACCGGCUCGGCAGUCAAUAUCUUGUUGUAAGGAAGUGCUUGCCAAGCAGUUGUCUUGGCAAGCAAUUUUUUUAACUCCCUGACAGGCCCGCUGGCACGACACAUCGUUGAUUGCCCAAAGUUAGCCGUGAUCGGACUCCGGCGAUUGGGUAGUACGUUAACUUUUGGUCGGUGCCAGUCUUCUUCAUGAAGGCACUGCGAUUCAAGCAAUUCCAGAUUCGGUGAACGUCUGUGCUAUGUCUAUCAUAAGGCGAUAAAUAACGUCACCAUACCACAUACUCGACUAUCCUCCAUAGUGUACGAACCUACUACUUAAGGCUAAGUAGGAGGCAGCCUGUAGCCAAUCAGGGAGGGCAAUGCUCUCAUUACAUCAGGCAGCAAACAAUGCAAACUGUAACUUA